CAAAGUGCUGCCCAAGUUGCCGGGAUGGAGCUGCAGAGCCGGCCCGAGGCGCUCGCCGUGGAACUCGCGCGCCACCAGAACGGCGACCUCAAGAAGCAGCUCCACGAGAGGCAGCCGCGGGGCGCCGCGCUCAGCGACAAACAAGCUUUGGGAGCCAUCACUGCAGUGCCUGUCACGGGUCCUCAGGUCAGCUCCUUGCAGAGGUUGGCCGGGCAAGGAGCGGCGGUGCUACCUCAGGUUAGGCCAAAGACUCUGAUUCCAGACAGCCUCCCCGUCACCCCGGGCCGAGACCGGCCACCCAAGCAGCCCCCAACGUUCCAGAAGGCCACCGUGGUCAGUAUCAAGAACCCCAGCCCAGCCCUCCCCACCGCCAACAACACCGUGAGCCAUGUGCCAGCGCCCGGCAGCCAGCCCCAGGCCCUCGCUGAGCCCGCCGCCAUCGCCUCUCCCCUGAGCAGUGCCGGGGUGGCUUAUGCCAUCAUCUCCACCGCCCCCAGCAAUGCCGCCAUCGCCCCCAGCACCGCCGUGUCUGUGGUCAGCGACAGCGUCAAGGUCCAGCCCCUCCUCAUCAGUGCCGACAAGAAGGUCAUCAUCAUCCAGCCUCAAGUACAGACACAGCCGGAGAGCACGGGGGAGUUGCGGCCGCCCACGGAAGAGCCAUCUCAGGGAGCUCAGGCGACCAAAAAGAAGAAGGAGGACUGGCCCCCGAGCCAGGAGAACCCCGAGAAAAUCGCCUUCAUGGUAGCUCUAGGCCUGGUCACCACGGAACACUUGGAAGAAAUCCAGAGCAAACGCCAAGAGCGGAAGAGAAGAAGCACAGCCAAUCCUGCCUACAGCGGCCUCCUGGAGACCGAGAGGAAACGGCUGGCAUCCAACUAUCUCAACACCCCCCUGUUCCUCACAGCGAGAGCCAAUGAGGACCCCUGCUGGAAGAGUGAGAUCACCCACGAUGAGCACUGCGCCGCGUGCAAGCGAGGGUCCGACCUGCAGCCCUGCGGCACCUGCCCGGGGGCAUACCACCUGGGCUGCCUGGACCCGCCCCUCAAGACGGCGCCCAAGGGCGUGUGGCUGUGCCCCAAGUGCCAGCAGAAGGCCUUAAAGAAAGACGAUGGUGUGCCCUGGACCGGGAUGCUGGCCAUUGUGCACUCGUACGUCACCCACAAGACGGUCAAGGAAGAGGAGAAGCAGAAGCUGCUACAGAGAGGCAGUGAACUACAGAGCGAGCACCAGCAGCUGGAGGAGCGGGACCGGCGCCUGGCCUCGGCCGUGAAGAAAUGCCUAGAGCUUAAGACGAGCCUGCUGGCCCGGCAGAGGGGCACCCAGUCAUCCUUGGACCGCCUGCGGGCCCUCCUGAGACUGAUCCAGGGCGAGCAGAUGCUCCAGGUCACCAUGACGACCACCAGCCCUGCCCCGCUGCUGGCCGGGCCCUGGACCAAACCCCCAGCAGCAGCCAUGCACUCUGCCCUCCAGCAUCCCCAGGGGCACAACUGACCCCGCGGGACCAGCUUCACACCCACGGAAGGUUCCUGGGACCCCGCUCACCAGACCUGAGGGUUCUGUCCGCCUUAAUUCAUAAACACUAUGAAUUUCAGACAAAAAUAAAACCAGACCGAGAGAGACAGAGGAAAGGGAGAAGGAACUGGGCGGAAGUCCUAGAGCCAGGACGGGUGGGGAUGGAGUCCUGCCCUCCACGUCUGGACGGGACGCCAGGAAGCCAGGUGGGCAUGUGACGGACGGGCACACAGUCAGCCCCCCGGCUGUUGGGGGGCUGCCCGGGCCUCUGGCUCCCAGACACAGCUGUGUCCUCGGCCCCCUGCUGCCCCUGGGAGAGAGCAGGGCGGAGGCUGGGAGGGGAGCCGGGAACCCGAAGACCUAGCUGAGUAGUAGGGGUAGUUGGGACGAGCAGUGGGUAGCAAACUAGGUAGGACUCGGCGCCCCUCCCGCCCGGGGGCCCGGGGGCCCUGGGGCUCGAGGCAGGGGCGCUCCAGCGCCUUCCCGCAACACGGGCCCCGUCUGUCAGUAUUAUUAGCAUUAAGAGUCACAGCUGUUGAACUUGAAAGAAACUGCGAGGCGGGUCCCUCAGGGGAGGGACCCAGCAUCCACCUGCCAGGGCCUCCGCGUGCCCCCCGCCCCCGAGUCCUCGGAGCGCCCGCACCGCGCGCCUCCUUCCCUUGGCUCACAUUCUGGACUCGCUUUGCCGCCGGUGUAUUUUUCUCAUGGAGUUUUUGGGGCAGGAUGGAGCUGCGGGCCUGCAGGGGAGGCGUCUGGCAGGUUUUUCUAUUCGGGGUUGAAUCCUUCAACUUAACGACCGAAGCCUUUUCUUUUCUCCUUUCGAAGAGCCGCUAAAGUAUUCCAUUCCUCUUUUCUUGCCAGUACAGACACUAUGCCAAAAAAUAACUUUACAUUUU